AUGCUCACAUCAGACGAAAUCACGUUCCAAUCCCUUCUACUCACCAUUCUUGUCACUUUGAGUGCCGCCGCUCCGGUCGCAGAGCCUCAGCGCGGUGUCCCUCACGGCAGUCUUGGUCUAGCCAUCCGAGACGCAGAGCCUCAAGUCGUCAUUCCUGGCGGCGACUGCCGUCUAGCUGUCCGAGACGCUGAUCCCCAGAAACGUUUUGGUGGAGGGCGCGAUCUAACCGCUCGAGACGCCGAUCCCAAAGAACGGUUCCGUGGAGGCGGCGGUCUGUCUACCCGAGAUGCUGAGCCUGGAAGGGUAACCAAAGGUGGGCACAAUGGUAAACGCGUAGUUGCAGAGAGAGCUCCUGUUCCGUUUGGAAUCGUUGAGCCCCGCGGAGUCCGUGGACCAGGUGGACACAAUGGUAAACGCGUAGUUGCAGAGAGAGCUCCCGUUCCUAUCGCGAUCACCGAAGCUCGCGGAGUUCGUGGGCCAGGCGGUGGCAUUCCCUAG